UCACUAAUUAUCUGGACAAUGGGGUAGAGUGCAUCCUUAGUAAGUUCAUAGAUGACACAAAACUGGGAGAAGUGAUGGAUUCACCAGAGGGUCAUGCUGCCAUCCAGAGGGACCUGGACAGGCUGGAGAUAUGGCCUCACAGGAACCUCACAAAGUUCACCACGCGGAAGUGCAACAUACUGCCUCUGGGGAGGAACAACCCCAGACAUCAGGACAUGCUGGGAGAGCCCAGCUGGAAAGCAGCACUACUAAAAAGGACCUGGGGGUCCUAGUGGAAACCAAGUUCAACAUGAGCCAGCAACGUGCCCUUGCCCCUAAGAAGGCUGAGUAUUCCUGGCUCCAUUACUCUUUGUCUGCAGACUAUCAAGCUGUUAGGGAUUGUAUUUAAGAAGAUAAAAUGCAUAUUGUAUAAAUGAAAAGCAGAGUUCCUUAUGCCAUUUAAUUCUAGACAAUAUCCUGUUAAAUAUUAAAAAUGGAACUAGAAGGAGUGGAAACUUCUGUGAAGUUUAAACCAGUAAAUAAUAGCCAUUUGGAGAGUGAUUAAUCUCACAAAAGCUGAUGUAUUGACUGCUUUUAACAUAUCAAGAUCUGGUUAUCUAUGCCAGACCAAAAUUUCAGAUAUGAGGUACAUGGCAUGUAGAUAUGGACUUGUUCUAAUCACGAAGAACAGUUCUGUCAAGUAUUUCCCACACCUACUGCAAGAUAUAAAAGUUGAAGGUCUCUGGAGUUUUCCUGCAUUCUUACUUUCUGCAGCCUCUUGCUUUUAAUCUGAAGGAAAAAUGAACGGAUUUGCUGCAAUUCUCAUUUUGCUGGGAGUCUUUUGGACUCAAACUUCUGCAUUGCAAACUUUUGUCCUGAAUGAACCUAACAAUGAUUAUGUCACUGCAACUAUGACUAUCAGCAAUGAGAAGAACCUUGCUGACGUCCAUGUCCGUUCUGGCGUGUACUCCUCUGAUACUAUUUUUGACUACAGUCAUGGAUAUGUUGCAACAAGGCUGUUUUCACGAAAUGCUUGCUUUAUUUUGAAAAUAUCUGAGGCUUCCAUCCCAGAGCUGCAAGAAAUUGGACGCCUGGCUUUUGAGAAAAAGACUAUGAAGAAAGUGUAUUCUCCACAAAACGUGUGGGUACAGUUUCAAUCCAGCAGUUCCCUGUUUGGAAAUAUCAAGGAUUGGUUUCUCUAUGGUAAACCCAUUGAACAACUCUGCAAGGGUCUGCCUCUCUACAAGCUUGUGAAGAGUGAACAACCACUACUGAAUUAUCAUAGCUGUGCCAGCGCAGGAAUUCCAACCAUUCUGGGCAUUAAUAUCUGUGAAAAACUCCAAAAAUCCUGAUUGUUACAGUUCUGCUUUAUGGAAAUGUCUCAUUUCUCUGUGUGCUUUUGUGAUAGAAAACAUUCUUAAACUGGAACAAAACAUACUCAUCUUACCUGUCCUAAGCUUUGAAGACAAAAAAUGUAUGCUCUACAAAUAAAGAUAAUGUAGUAAUUCAAA